GGAUGAUGGGCGAUCCCCCGUGUAGGAGUGAGGUGGAGGAGGACAUUCCAGGAGAUGUCACCACAGAAAAUCCCAGCAAGAAUUCUAUGGGGAAUUUCAUGGUAUUACCGGAUCAUAAAGUAGAAGAUGACGAUAUAAUGCAGCACCCUUCAGGAGAAAACUUUAAUGUGCUUCCAGGACUUCAUAGUACAGACCUAUCGUAUAAUUCCCCUAAUCAUGAGGAACCUUCUCCUAGCCAGUCACAAAUUGUUACUAAAAGUACAGGUCAGAAAGUGCUUCAGCGUGGGAAACGGUUCAGAAAAAGCUCAGUUCUUUCUACAGACAGUAGAAUUCAUCCAAGAGAGAAACCAUAUUCAUGUUCGGAAAGUGGGAAAUGUUUCAUAGAAAAAUCAGUUCUUAGUAGACAUAAGAAAAUUCACGUGGGAGAGAAGUCGUAUUCAUGUUUAACAUGUGGGAAAUGUUUUACACAGAAAUCAUAUCUUGUUACACAUGAAAGAAUUCACACCGGAACAAAACCAUAUCCAUGUUCAGAAUGUGGAAAAUGUUUCAGACAAACAUCAAGUCUUGGUAGACAUAAGAGAAUUCACACAGGAGAGAAGCCAUAUUCCUGUUCAGAAUGUGGGAAAUGUUUUAGAGUUAAAUCAAAUCUUAGUAAACAUAAGAGAAUUCACGCUGGAGCAAAACCGUAUUCAUGUUCAGAAUGUGGGGAAUGUUUUAUAGAUAAACCACAUCUUAGUAAACAUGAGAGAAUUCACACCGGAGCAAAACCAUAUUCAUGUUCGGAAUGUGGGAAAUGUUUCACAGAAAAAUCAAGUCUUGUUAUACAUGAGAGAAUUCACACAGGAGAGAAACCAUAUUCCUGUUCAGAAUGUGGGAAAUGUUUUAUAGAUAAAUCACGUCUUCGUAAACAUGAGAGAGUUCACACCGGAGCAAAUCCAUAUUCAUGUUUGGAAUGUGGCAAAUGUUUCACAGAAAAAUCAAGUCUUGUUGUACAUGAGAGAAUUCACACAGGAGAGAAACCAUAUUCCUGUUCAGAAUGUGGGAAAUGUUUUAUAGAUAAAUCACGUCUUUGUAAACAUGAGAGAGUUCACACCGGAGCAAAACCAUAUUCGUGUUCAGAAUGUGGGAAAUGUUUUAUACGGAAAUCAAUUCUUGUUAAACAUGAGAGAGUUCACACAGGAGAAAAGCCAUAUUCCUGUUCAGAAUGUGGGAAAUGUUUUAUAGCUAAAUCACAUCUUGAUAGACAUAAGAUAAUUCACACUUGCGCAAAACCAUAUUCAUGUUCAAAAUGUGGGAAAAGUUUUAGCGAUAAAUCAUAUCUUAGUAUACAUGAGAGAAUUCACACCGGCGCAAAACCAUAUUCAUGUUCAGAAUGUGGGAAAAGUUUUAGCGAUAAAUCAUAUCUUAGUAUACAUGAGAGAAUUCACACCGGCGCAAAACCAUAUUCAUGUUCAGAAUGUGGGAUGUGUUUUACAAAUAAAUCACAUCUUGUUAAACACCAUAGACGUCACACAGAAGGGAAACCAUUUUCAAAAUAAGAAGGUUUAUUUUUUUGGUUGGAAUUAACCUGGCUCUCCCAGACAAUUGCAUUCUAUUUCUCUGAGGUCAAUUGUGACCGAGAUCCGUGGAGGAAAAGUAUUGUGGAUAUAAAGGACGAGAAGAAGAGCCUUGUUUAUUUCCAGAGCAGUGAAGAAUUGUCCCCAUGAACCUUGCUUCUUAUCACUGUAUUCACACCUCCACCCACACUGCAGCAGAAAGCAGAGUAACUUGGGGGAGAAGUAAUGAUGCUCCAUGUAAUAGUUUUAUAAUGUAUGUGGACAUAUACAUUUUUCAUCUUCAUUCAAACUGUAUUUACAGAUAAAAUAAAAUCUUCUAUUUGCUCCACGACAGCGUCACCAUUGUCACUGACAGACAUUGUCUUUUUGGCUCAUAUUAUACUUUCUCCUCGCGCUGUGACCUUCAUUGCUCCUACAGACUAACCCUUCUGUGCGGAGACAGUGAUAUUGGU